CUCAAGAAAGUCAAAUUUGAUUAAAGAAACUAAAAUCUUAAUAAAAUAAUAACUAAUGCUUAUAAAUAAAUAAUAAAUUGUAUAUUUUCUUACGACUCAAGUUUUAUAAAUAUAUAAUAAUAAUUUAAAUCAUUCUUUUAAAAAAUGUUAAGAAACGUAUUAUUGCCUAUUACUCGAUCUAGUUUACAGAUUGUACCCGCUCGUAAUGUGCAAAAGAAAUUACCGAAAGUUGAUAAAAAAAUACAGGCCGCAGCGGAGUCCCUUGCAGCGCGGGGAUUCUUGCGUCCCAACAAACCCUGGGAUCCACCAGUAAAUAUUGAAGAAACCAUUCUGAAGAUUUGCACAGAUAAUGGCUUAAAGGUAGACUCUGAAUUUGAAGAGCUGGAGCAAAAGUUUGCAGUACUAAAUGCAUGUUACGAAGAAACUGGCUACAGUGUUCCUAACUCCCUGUUACACACUAUACAAUGCGUUGAUGACCUGAAAGAGUUUUAUAAAUCACCAGUGGAAAUUAAUACUCCAUUUGAAAAAUUAGUGAAAAUGGAUUUGCCGAAGAAUCUACAUAUUCAAGAGAAUUAUGUACGCUUCCAUCCUGAUAAAGACACAUUGUUUAAUGGAAAAUCUGCCUUCCCUAAGAGUUCCACAAUAGUUACAGGCUUGAAAACAAGGAAGAAGUAUGAAGGAUACUCCGCCAAGAGAUCCUGGCCUUAAUAUGGUUGUCUUAUUGUUUUAGUAUAUUCUAUUGUACAGUUUUUAGUUAAAUAUUAAACAUUCU